CCCCAAUCCCCCCCUGCUGCUACAUUACAGCUCCUCCUCUCUUCUUCCCCUCUCUCUCUCUUUCUCUCUCCUCAUCCUUCCCUUCACUUCUUCUUCCUCCCACAGCUGCAGCCACACAGUAGCCUACCUCCGACCUCACCUGGAGGUCCCCGCCAUUGGGUUUUUUUCUUUUAAAAGUUUUUCAUUUAAUUUGUCUCUGCUUGGGGGUGAGUUGAGCGACACAAAUAGUGUUGUCUGUCUCCUCACUUCUGCCCCUCCAUCAUUGACCUACCCCGGCUGCCUGUGCCUCGUGCGGCCGCCCUGUUGUGUCCCAGCCCAGGGGUGGCUGGCUGGCAGCGGCGUAUCCAUGAGCGGCAGGAGAAGGACCGGAAGAAGAGGGAGAGAAGAAUCACCUUGCUAUAUGCUGACAGUAAGAAUCAUACGAAUGCGAAAUUUCCAUAGACAAGAUCUUUUAAGUGAAUCGGAUUGCUAUGUAAGCUUGUGGCUGCCUACUUCAUCACCUGAAAAGUUUCGGACUAAAAUGAUUCCAAACUGCAAAGAUCCAGUGUGGAAUGAAAUAUUCUACUUCAGGAUCCAAAGUCAGGUUAAGAAUGUCUUGGAAUUGACUGUCUGUGAUGAAGACUUCAUUCAAGAUGAUGACAAUCGUAUCAUUUUAUUUGACAUAGCUAACGUCCCUUUAGGAAAACCAUUUUUAAAGAAAUUUGAAUUGAAUCCGCAGAAACAAGAAGAACUGGAUGUUGAAUUUACACUGGAGAGUAUAUGGGGAAGUGAAACAAUAACUACUAAUGGAGCAAUAGUGUGCCGUGAACUUUCCUGCUUGGAGGUUCAGAUAAAUCGGAAGAAAAGGAGGAAGAUGAAGAAAACACAUUCUAAACAUGUUAAAUGUACAUUGAAAGGAUCCUUUGAAGAAACCCAAAACAUUUCAGUCAGCUGUGCCUCCAGCUUGCAUUUCACCGAUCCUACCCCUUUCUACUAUGCCAAAUAUAAGCAAGCAGAACUGGAUGUUCUACUCCUAAGGAAGAGGUCACUUCCCUCCUUUUGUUCUUGUAUGUCAUGUGGACGAGAGGUAUACAGAAACAAGAAUCUGACCCUGCCUGUGAAUACAUUUCCUGAGGAUCAAGAAGUAAUAAAGGAAGACAGAGAAUUUAAUUUACUCUUCAAAACAAAGGACUGCACAUCAGGUUUAGAUGUACGUUUGGGAUUUGAUCUCUGUACAGAAGAGCAAGAAUUCCUGCAGAAACGGAAGAAAGUGGUUGCCACUGCUUUGAAACGGGUACUUCAGCUUGAGGAAGAUCUGCAGGAUGAUGAGGUGCCAGUGGUGGCAAUAAUGACAACAGGUGGUGGGAUGAGAGCACUGACAGCAUUGUAUGCCCAGCUGUUGACUAUGCAGCAGUUGGGUAUUUUGGACUGUGUAACUUAUUUAACUGGCUUAUCUGGCACAACAUGGACAAUGUCAGAUCUAUACAAUGAUCCUAACUGGUCACAGAAUGAUCUAGGGGAGCCGCUUAUUCAUGUCCAAAAACAUAUGGAAAAAAACAAGUUCCUGGCCAGUUUUGCUCCAGAACGCUUGAAAUACUAUGUAGAGGAGCUAUGGCAGCGCCACAAAGAAGGGCAUUAUAUAUCUUUUACAGAUCUAUGGGGACUCAUCAUUGAAGCCAUGUUAUGUGAUGGGAAGAAUCACAACAAACUCACAGAUCAGCAGCGAGCAUUGACACAUGGCCAGAACCCUCUGCCUAUUUACCUUUGUCUCAAUGUGAAGGAGAAAAUGAGUAAUCGGGGUUUCAGAGAAUGGUUGGAUUUCACACCCUAUGAAGUGGGAUUCCAAAAAUAUGGAGCCUACAUUCGUGCUGAGCAUUUUGGUAGUGAAUUCUUCAUGGGUCAUUUGAUGAAGAAAAAACAAGAAUCACGGAUCUGCUUCUUGGAAGGAAUCUGGAGUAGUGUAUUUUCCGUGAAUCUUAUGGAUGCCUGGUUUAUGUCCGUUAGUUCAGAAGAUUUUUGGGUGAAAUGGGCACGAGACAGAGUAACUGACUUAGAUGAGUCUGUUCAAAAUACAUGGACACAUAAACUACCAACUCGUGUGCAAUAUCCUCCGGAUAGCCUUGCCAGUGUUUUUCAAGAUAUUGUUAUGUGGCGGCCAGCGGUUACAGUGGUCCCCAAUUUUCUAAAAGGCUGCUCAAUGCACAACAACUACCUAGAGAGUGAAUUUUCAAAGUGGAAAGACUGUGAUCUUGACAGUUUUCCAAACCAGCUGACGGGUGCUGAAGAUCAUCUCUUUCUAGUAGAUAAUGCAUUCGCCUUUGAUAGCAGCUACCCACCGCUCAUGAGGCCUCAGAGAAAAGUGGAUGCCAUCAUACAUUUAAAUUACAGCUCAGGAUCCCAGAUUGCGGACCUUAUUUGGAUUUUCCCCCCUGUGAUUACACAGCCUCUGACCAAAGCCUCAGAGUAUUUCUCAGAAUUAGAAAUCCCAUUUCCAAAGAUUAUCCCAAGCAAAGAAGAAGAAAACAAUGUAAAGGAGUGCUACCUGAUUGGAGAUAAAGAAAGCCCUGAAACUCCUAUAGUGGUUCAUUUUGCCUUAGUUAAUGACACCUUCAGGGAGUACAAAGCACCUGGUAUAAAGCGUAGUCCUGAGGAGAUGGAAGAUGGAGAGGUGGAUCUUAUAAGUACCUGUAGCCCUUACAAUAUAAAUGCUUUGAGAUAUUCAGAAAAGGAUUUUGACAAACUUGUAAAAAUGAGUCAGUACAACAUGCAGAAUAACAAAGAUAUGCUUAUUAAAGCGUUACGUUUAGUCGUGGAAAGGAAAAGGAUACAUAAAAAGGGUCAAAAAGCUUGAUCAAAUUUAAGUCUUUUAGCAAAGUGAGAGAUUCAAAUGUUUUACAUACUGUCCAGCCCUAUAGAAUAGAAGCAUGAUUUCAUUCCGGGGGCAGUGGGGGACGGGACAAGACAUCAUGCAGAAAGUAAUCAAUCAAAGGAAUACUAAAGACACUAUUCAACCUGUUCUGGGGGCUAGGGAGGACUGCCUUUUAGGAAAUGAAUCAAUCAUAAAAGCAGAAGUAACUUUUAAAAUAAACAAAUGGGGGGGGGGGUUUGCAAACAACUGUGAUGGACUGACCAAACCAUGCAUAGACAGGUCAAUCUAUUUUGAAACUACUUGGAUGUACUCUAAAUAAGUAGAAUUCCACUGUGAAUAAAUUGGUUUUAGCUUGCAGUACUGCUCUAUUUAUUUUAUGCAUAAAAUCUCAACUUUUCCAAAAGAUAUGAGCUUUUAAAAUGUAUUGUUUCAUAGUUUCUGGGCAAAUGAUGAAUGAACAAGAGUUUCAGUUAUGCCCUUAGUUUUGGAAUGCCCUCCUGGAUGAGCUUCAUCAUGCUCCCUCCCUCAGAGUUUUUAAGAAACACUUUAAAGUUCAUCUUUUUAAAGAGGCUUUUUAGUUUUUAUCUUCUGUCUGCUCCAGUGGGUUUUUAAAACAUGUAAAUCUGGUUUUAACUGAGUCUAGUUUUUAACUGAAUUAUAUUAAUUUUAUAUUUUAUUAUUCUGUUGUCUUUCUGAGUCUCCCCAAGCAGUAUUGCACUGGAGGAGCAAGCUACAAAUAGCUUUAAAUAAAUAAAUAAAUAAAUUGCAUUAAAAUUGUUUUGCUGCAAUACAA